AUGGCCGCAUGCACGCGGGGGUCGCUAGCGCGGGUGGUCCGAGCGGCACUCUCAAUUUCGCAUCUCGGUGAACCGAGCAACUUCACGACGACGAGACAACCCGCAACCUCACGCCCACCUCCACACGCACGCAUACUAACACAGUCGCCCAUCAUGGCUUCCCAGAGCGUGCAAUGCUUCGGCAAGAAGAAGACCGCGACUGCUGUCGCCCACUGCAAGGCCGGAAAGGGUCUCAUCAAGGUCAACGGAAAGCCUCUUUCCCUGGUCCAGCCCGAGAUCUUGCGAUUCAAGGUCUACGAGCCUGUCCUGAUCCUCGGUGUUGACAAGUUCGCUGACGUCGACAUCCGCGUCCGCGUCUCCGGCGGUGGACACACCUCGCAAAUCUACGCCAUCCGCCAAGCCAUUGCCAAAUCCAUCAUCGCCUACUACCAAAAGUACGUCGACGAGCACUCGAAGAACCAGCUCAAGCAAGCUCUCGUCCAGUACGACCGCACACUGCUCGUCGCCGACAACAGGCGGUGCGAGCCCAAGAAGUUCGGCGGUCCAGGUGCGCGCGCCAGGUACCAGAAGUCUUACCGUUAAGCGGUUCGCAAGGGACUUGCUGGUUUGGCAAAGGGUGUAUGGGGAGCAUGGAGCGGUGUUCAUCCGGGGCUUUUUCAUGGGUCUUACUACUACUCUCCUGCGCAUUCGAGGUUACGUGACAUGGUGCUCUGCGGGUUAUUGCGGGCAGCCUGAAUGGAUCGGAUCUCGGAGCUUGUGACGAUAAAAAUGAAUCAAUUGGUUGCAAGACAAGGAAUGCAUGGGCGUGGGAGU